UUUGCCAUCAUUCCACUGAUUAAUUUAUUAUCGAACUAGUUUAUAACAUUUUGACUUUUACUUUUUGCAUCAUAAUCCACGUCAUCGUUAGCAUAUUAUCAACCAUAUGUAUCUCUCUAUCUCUCUUCUCUGAUAAACCUCACCAGCUCCUCUCAAAUACUGCAACUACUAAACCCUCUCUCUCUCUCUCUCUCUCUCUUUCUCUCUCUUCACCAUUUCUUUAUUUUCCAUGGAAAAACAAUCAUCAACAACAAACUAAAAACAUGUUUCUAAAGUUGUUUCUUCUCUUGUCUUUGGUCUCCUUCUCACACUCAGACUCUUCCACAGUUUCUUGUCCUAACGGCACAGACUUCCGUCAAUUAACCAGAGUUUUCCGUUACGUCUCCGGUUUCAACUCUUCUUGGUUCUCCUCUAACUGCUCCGCCGUCAUCACUCACGUCGUUCUUCCGUCGAGAAACUUAAACGGCACCGUUUCUUGGAACCCUUUACGUAAUCUCACGAGCUUACGUGUUCUUGAUCUCUCCAACAACUCUCUCGAUGGUUCUCUUCCCACUUGGCUCUGGUCUAAACCAGGUCUUGUCUCUGUUAAUCUCUCCCGGAAUCGGUUUGGUGGCUCUAUACGAGUGAUUCCGUUUAACGGUUCGGUUUUGUCUUCGGUUAAGGAGUUGAAUCUCUCGUUCAAUCGGUUUACCAACGCGGUAAACCUAACCGGGUUUACUAACCUCACAUCUCUCGACCUUUCGCAUAACAAUCUCGGUGUUUUGCCUCUUGGUUUGGGUUUUCUCUCCGGUUUACGCCACCUUGAUCUCUCCAGAUGUAAAAUCAAUGGCAGUAUUAAACCAAUUUCCGGUUUAAAGUCAUUGAACUACUUGGAUAUGUCGGAGAACUCAAUGAACGGUUCGUUCCCGGUUGAUUUUCCGAAUUUAAACCAUCUCCAGUUCUUGAAUUUAUCUGCAAACCGGUUUUCCGGUUCGGUCGGAUUUGACAAAUACCGAAAAUUCGGCAAAUCGGCUUUCUUACACGGUGGCGAUUUCGUCUUCAACGAUUCCAAAAUCCCUAACCACCACCGUCUCCACCAUCUCACUCACCGGAGUCCUCCACCGCCGUCGCGUCAUCGAACCGUCAAAACGCAUCGUUUAAAACACACUCCUUUGGUGAUUGGUUUAUCGUCUUCGUUAGGAGCUUUGAUAAUCCUAAUCUUCGCGGUGGCUAUAAUUUUAAUCCGCCGGAGAAUGAAAUCAGCGAGGACGAAAUCGAGAUGGGCGAUUUCGAAUCCUACACCGUUAGAUUUCAAAAUGGAGAAAUCUGGACCGUUCGAAUUCGGAACGGAGUCAGGUUCGUCGUGGGUCGCCGAUAUAAAAGAACCAACGGCGGCUCCGGUUGUGCUGGCAUCUAAGCCGUUGAUGAAUCUGACUUUCAAGGAUCUGAUUGUUGCCACGUCACAUUUCGGAACGGAGUCUGUUAUAUCUGACGGCACUUGUGGUCCACUUUACCGUGCCGUUUUGCCCGGAGAUCUCCACGUGGCGAUCAAAGUUCUUGAGAGAAUCAGAGACGUUGAUCAAAACGACGCCGUUACUGCGUUUGAAGCUUUAACUCGGCUUAAACAUCCAAAUCUUUUGAGUCUCUCCGGUUAUUGCAUCGCAGGGUUGUUUCAUUUGGUGUUUUUGUUAGUGGACGACUGGGACGACUUUAAAAAAUGUGCAGACAAGUCACAUCCUUUGCUUUGGGACUCGUAGAGAUUAUAUUUAGCUUGUCGGGUUUCUAUAAUCUUUUUCCUUUACGUAUAUGCUAAAUAUGUUUUCUUUCUGACCUUAUUUACCAUGUUCACCACAAUAUGUUUUGCAGUAUUAACUCUGUUUUAAAUGGUGAAUUUAAAAUUUAAUACUUAAGAACAAGUUUAGCAUCAGUUUAUUAAUUUAAGUAUUUUAACCAAGAUUUACAUUUUAUUGAAUUUAAUUGUCAUGGUGAAUUAGGGAAAUGCAAUAUUAAUUUUCAUACGUAAUUUAAAACAUUUUUGUGAAAAAAAUCAGCAUUAUAUUUAUUUGUUCCUAACUAAUAUUGUGGUUUAUCAUUAAUUUUAGGAAAAGAGAAGCUUAUAUUAUAUGAAUUUAUGGCUAAUGGAGAUCUUCACCGAUGGCUACACGAGCUCCCGGCAGGAGAAACCAACGUGGAAGAUUGGAGUGCCGAUACAUGGGAAAGUCACGUCGGAGACUCAUCGCCUGAGAAAACAAACUGGCUAAUACGUCACCGUAUAGCCAUUGGAGUUGCACGUGGUUUAGCCUAUCUUCAUCACGUUGGUACUACUCAUGGACAUUUGGUCGCUACCAACAUCCUCCUAACCGAAACCCUAGAGCCGCGAAUCUCUGAUUUUGGUAUAAACAACAUUUCGAAAACCGGAGAUGAUACUAAUAACAACAAUGUAGAAUUCGAUGUGUAUAGUUUCGGGGUGAUUUUAUUUGAGCUAUUAACCGGGAAGCAAGGGAGGGAUGAGAAUGUUAAAUCAGUUCGACGGUUGGUUAAGGAGAGAAGAGGAGAGGAAGCUCUUGACUCGAGAUUGCGGUUAGCGGUUGGAGAAUCGGUUAAUGAGAUGGUCGAGAGUCUUCGGGUUGGUUACUUUUGCACGGCGGAGACGCCGGGGAAGCGACCAACAAUGCAACAAGUCUUGGGUCUUCUUAAAGACAUACGUACGGUUUCACGUUGAGUUAGGAAGAAAAAAAGUUGGCUUUAGAUAAAUCAUGUGAGUAUUAGAUUCGGGUGUUGUUGAUUUGCGGUGUGUGAGAUAUAUGCACUUUUGUCAAGGUAUUUUGUAAUUUGUUUAUCUAAAAUUACAGAAAGUUAUUUUCAAAA